CCACGAAGCAUUCCGUCCGUGAGUAAUUCUCGCGAGAUUACGAAACAGCAAGGCAGAGAAAAUGGAAGGCUGUGCUAGCUAGCUGACUAGCUGAGCAAAUCCAUUAAUACCUGGAAACUAAUCAUUAAUAUCCAAGCUACCGAUGGAUGUCGGCAUGGACCCAAUGGAAAAUAUCAGCAUCAACGAUGAUGACAAUUAUGAGGAACAGCAGAGCCAGUCAGAAGAGGCAGGCUCGACUGUUAGGCCGACCAUGUCUCAGGUUAAAAAGUCCUGGGGCUUCAGGCGCACAACCAUCGCUAAAAGGGAGUUCUUCGAUGAAGUCAGAGACCUAACCAACAGUCCUCCACUUGUACGCAGAGGCAGAGGUCGUCGAACCAACCAGACACCCCAGUCCACUCCAGAAACCUGUGGCACCCAGAGAGCUUCUCGUGCAACUAGGAGUGUUAUAGAUGAGCUUGAGUGGUCUGCCCCAUCGUCACCUGUAUCAGAGGAGAGCAAGCCAGUCUCCGAAGCGUCUGCAGGAGGGAGCCUUGACGCCAGCUCAUGGCAAGAUUGUGGGUCUGCCUUUCACACUGCUUUCUCACUGCUUGGCGGGAGCGAGGGCUUGUCAAUGGAAAUGUCAGAUGUACUGGCAGUCCCUGACAUUUUGGAAUCCACUGAUGCCAUUGAUGCACCACAUCCCCACCUUAUAGAAGAAACUGAGGUGCCUGAUCAUAUUGACUCUGCUGAUGAGAUGGAAAUCUCGCAGCCUGUUGCACCUGACAGUGUGGCAGGAGGGGAAAUGGAUGAUGUGGUUUUGAUAUCUAGUCAAGAAGAGGACAGUGAUGAAAUGACUCUGACACAGAUUAAGGAGCAGAUGACAGCAAAAGGCAGACAGGGAGAAACAAGAGGUAAAGGGGGAAAAGGAAAAGCCAGAGCCAGAUCCAGAGGAAGGGGAAGAGGCAGAGGAAGAGCUCCUGCAGCAGUUGCAAGAGGAGGAAAAAGAUCCACACGGCCCUGCUGAAAUAGAAAUAUCCUCUGCUAACUCUGACAUCACUCUGAGUCCAACUCAUCAACCAAGCUCAGACUGUAUAAUCAUAGACACUGAUUUAGACCACAUUACUGAUGUGACUCCCGGUCAAUAUGAUGAUGCACUAGUGGAGGAGGAAAUGGUGCAGGAGAAGAAAGACGAUAGAAACGUAGGAGAGUGUUCAGGCAUAUCAGACACAGAGGGCUCUGACUCCAAUGCUCUGUACUGCAUCUGUCGACAAAAGCAAGAUAAAAGGUUCAUGAUCUGCUGUGACAGUUGCCAGGAGUGGUUUCAUGGGGACUGUGUUGGUAUCAGUGCGACACAGGGCCGUAAGAUGGAGAGGAAAGGGCAAGAGUACAUGUGCCCCCCUUGCACUAUGAAGAAGCAGAUCCAACUCCAACCGGAUCCUCAGCCAGAGCCUGAGAUGAGCUUUCCUGAAUGCUUGUCACUAAGUCCUCCUUGUGAUGAACAGCAGGGGCACGAGGAGCUGCAAGACCUCAAGGAGACUGUAUUGGUGGUGGAGGAGGUGGAGGAGGACGCUCCUGUGAUGACUGCAAAGCCUGAGCCCGAAGCUGAGAUGGAGACCGGCGGCUCUCUUCCUCUGUGCAUUGGACCGGAGUGCUCCAAACAAGCCCUCCCGGACUCUGUUUACUGUGGCACUGACUGCAUCCUUCAGCACGCUGCCUUCACUAUGAAGACUCUUUCUGUUCCUAAGGUGCCCAAGCUCAGAGGACGGCCACAGAGAAAGGCUGCCACUGCCAGACCCACCGCAACGGGUCAGAGGUCGGCUAGGAUGUCAAAGAGAUUAGCAGUAAAAUCCGAGGAACGUGAAGAGGAGGAUGUGAAGGAAGAUGAUGGAGGGCAGGAGGAGGCCGCAUCUCCGUUAGCCUGCGACCCCAGUCUCACAGAAGCUCAGGCCACUUCCAUACCAUCAUCUAAGUUUUACACAGCGUCUACAAAGGACAGUAAAUGGGUAGAGGCUAACAUUGAGGCUGCAACUCCUUCAAAACAACCUCCAGGGGACACCUCGGCAGAUGCUGCUCCCUCCUCCCCGCCUGCCACUGAGCCAGCCCCACCACAGAGCCACCCUCAAGAAAAGGCAAAGGAGCCAAUCAGCAGUGGAGUGCCUAAGCUGCAAUCUGCAGAAUCGCUUCCCUCGAAACCUCCCAACCCAGCAAAAACAAGUCUGUCUCCAGCCCCACAAUCCCCAUCCACCUCAGCUCCCAGACAUCAUGAAACAGGGGCUCUUAUGGUCACUAAGACAACAUACGUCAUACCAAAGAAGCAGCCUGGACCCCAGCCUCCGUCCAGCCAUGUGUCAGCCUCAACAUCAGGCCAAAAGCCUUCCUUCGCUCCCACGCUGCUGAACGAAACCAGAAAUCUGCUGGUGCCACCUGCACCCAGCGCUCCCUCCUCCAGACCCCCCUCUCAGCCCAAUAACCAGGUCAGGCAGAGCAUCCAGCGCUCCCUCACCAGCAUCCUGUUCAAAAGGGUGUGUGAUUGUGAGGAUUUGGAGAUGUCUGAGAGUGAUGUGGCCAAGCUUGUCGCGAGCAUUGAGAUGGAGAUGUUCGAUAUAUUUCGCAACACAGACAGCAAAUAUAUGAACAAGUACAGAACUAUAAUGUUCAACCUGAAAGACCCAAAAAACAAGGGUUUGUUGUAUCGGGUUGUACGUGGAGAGAUCAGUCCCUUCAGACUGGCCAGGAUGAGCCAGAAGGAUAUGCAGGCUAUCAAAGCAUCGGAGCCAACUGCAAAAGAAACAACAGAGGUUAAGAAUGUAGCUGCUAAAGCGACAAGUUUGCUGCAGAAGCCUGAGGCAGUGAAGGUUGAUUUGCCCUGUUUGAAUCCCGUUAGACCGGCUAGAAGCACGCUUGCUUCCCAGGAACUGAAGAAAAGCCUUCCCUCUCCUGCUUUCAAGACCAGAGCAAGCCAGCCAAGCCAGUGCAGUGCUGUACCAGAUAUUCUCGCCUGUAUGCUGAAGGACACAACAUCAGAGCACAAAGCUCAUCUCUUUGACCUGAAAUGCAAAAUAUGCACAGGCCAAAUACUAGCUGGGGAGGAGGAGGAACCCGCAAAGAAAAAACCCAAGACUUCUGAAACGAAAGAUAAAUAUGAACCCUCUUGGAGAAAGUGUGCCGGAGAUGACUCCCCACUGCGGGCGCCACCUGACUCACCUGACAUGGAUUCUCCAACAUUCCUAAUGGACAACUCAUCCCGUCUUAUCAUUGACGUUCCAGCAUUGACUAUAGUAGAAUCUCCUGCUUCCCCCGUAAUGGACUCUCCAGCCUCCCCUGCUUUAGAGUCUCCAGCUUCCCCUGUCAUGGAGUCCCCCGCAUCCCCAACUCCAGACACUCCUAAAACUACUUCACGAAAGAGAUCAUACACACCAGUUGUGAUCCCUGCUGUCUCCACAGUAACCAUCACAAGGCGUGACCCUCGCACUGCAGCGAGCAGGUUCUCUGCUUCGUAUAGUGGCGCCUCUGGUCCAAGUAACACAACCCCUAACCUAUCAGUCUCUUAUGCUCCUCUUAAAGAGACUAUCUGCGCAUCGCCCUCACCACCAGUCUCCUCGCGACCACCAACUGAAACGACCGUAAUCUCUGAAUCCCCAGCUGAUGGUGAGACUUCCCAGUUCUUGGCUAAGCACGAGAUAGUGUGGAAAGGCUUCCUUAACAUGCUCUCUGUGGCCAAGUUUGUCACCAAGGGAUUUCUGGUUUCAGGAACUUCUGAAAAUCUCAAAGCGGACCUACCUGAUACCAUACAAAUCGGAGGACGAAUCCUGCCUCAAACAGUGUGGGACUAUGUUGCUAAACUAAAAACCUCUGUUACAAAGGAGUUAUGUGUGAUCCGGUUUCACCCUGCAACAGAGGAGGAAGAGGUGGCCUAUGUCUCCCUGUUUUCCUAUUUCAGCAGCAGAGGUCGUUAUGGCGUGGUCGCCAAUGGCAGCCGUUCCAUCAAAGAUGUAUACCUUGUCCCACUCAGUGCAAAGGAAUCGAUCCCAUCCAUACUACAACCUCUUGAUGGACCAGGGUUUGAAAAAAACAGGCCAAAUCUUCUUCUGGGUCUGGCAGUCAUCCAGAAGACAAAACGUCCAGGAAGCUUGCCUCAGGAAAUUGAAGAGAAGAGACCCAAAGUUCAUAUGUCCAAAGAUCCUAUGUGGAUCCCAAAACCCCCAGUCCUCUAUGGUUCUGACAAAUUGGAGAUAUUCCAACCCUACGAUCCUGAGACUCCUGCUAGCACCACCCCUCCUGGAUCCCCACCUUGCCCUGAGUCACCAUCAGACUCCUGCUCUUCUGGCUCAGUUACCAUACCAUCUUGUUUUUCUUCCAUUAGAACAAACCCUCCUGUUUCUACCUCAGCCGCUGUUGCUGCAACUAAGUCCACCUCUAAUAGCAUCUCUGACAAGAAUCCCACAACUGCAUCCAGUAAUAAGACACCGCUGCAGAAAAUCUUAAAGAGUUUGUUUGGUAAUAAGCAAACUGACUCUGGGGUCUCUUCUGACGGACGUUCUAAAACAACAACAGUUCGUGUGGAGAAGGUCCCAGUGUUUUCUCAGGUAUCCGGAUCAAUGGUGGAUCCCAUUGUCCAACAGUAUGGACAGAAAUCCAAAGUAAAAAAAAUAGUAGAAGAAGAAGAACAACAAAAUGACUUUGAUCGACCAUAUGACCCAGAAGAGGAGUAUGAUCCAGCAAUGGGAUAUGGAGUGGUUGCUCCUCAGAACAUGGAAAAAAUGAAGGCAGAUGGCCCUGCAAUAUCAGGCUUUGUAGACGACGAUGUGGCCUAUGAUCCAGAGGACGAGACUAUCUUUGCAGAUAUGCAAAGUGAUAUUGUUGUGACAAAGCCCCCUGUCCCAACUCCAACGUCAGAUCCUCCAUCAUGCCCAACCCCAAUUUCUACCCAGAUUGUAACGCCAACUCCCACCUCCACUCCCGUGCAGUCCUCUUCCCAGCUGGAGUAAUGCAGAACAUUCUGACAGGCACUGUGGU